UUAGAAAAACACCAUUUUCCCCAAAUUAGAACAUUACACGGAUCAAACAACACGAACUCACUCUCUUUUCCCCACGAGCCCUACAAACGCGAAAAAUCCAUUCUGCAUCUGAGGUGUUGAUUUUUCUGAACGUGCUUUCGUGUGAGGGUGAGGUUCUGACUUUGGGUUGUCUGGAGUCGUUGAAUAUUCGAAAAUAGAUCAUCACCAGGGAGUUGAUAAUCGAUGUCUUCUUCGAGUGGAAAUUACUCAGGUUCAUGUGGGCAUUUGUGUACAUAUGAGACUUGUGUGCUGAGAACAAGUCUGACAGUGGAUAAUUUUGGGAGAAGGUUUCUGGGUUGUAGCCGAUAUAAGAUUGGUCCCAAGUGCCCUUUCUUUAGAUGGAUUGAUAAUCCCACUUGUGUGCGUGGGAAUGAAGCUGCCCAUUUGGUGCAACAAAAGCUGGAUUUACUGCGGAGUGAGCUGCAACUUGCAUGUGAAAGGGAAAGAGAAGCUACCCAGGCAGCAGCAGAAGCUACCCAAAUGGCAGAAAUUACUCAAGGCAGGGCAGCAAAAGCCAUUGAGAGGGAGAGAAAGUUUCGAGUUUCCUCUGUUCAAGCCAAGGAGAUAGCAGUGAGAGCUUUAAAGCAAGAGAGAAAGUGCAGAAUUGCACUAAUUCUGUCAUGGUUUUUUUUUGUUUUGGUUAUGUUGUUUUCAUGUUUUAGCUCAAGUGAAAAUGUUGAAAUGAUGAGAUUGAGUCUGCCUGAUGGGUUGUAA